AUGUCCGAAUAUCUUAAUAAAUUUAAAACCACUUUACAAGACGGAAAGACCCAAAUUACCAAAACUGUUUCAGAAGUUAGUGCAGAUAUAUCAAAAUCCGCACAAAACCAUAACAUAAAUUCUCCUUUACCUGGUGAUUUUGCCGCUGAAGUCACAAAAGCUACUAAUAUCUUGAAUAGCUUUACUGAUCCGGAAAAGGCUGAAGGUGGUUUGGAUCAAGUAAUUCCCAAGGAUGUUUUUGAUAAAGCCAUGGGUUUAGCUGUCUUUACCGUUGUAAAGGCUGGGUUCGUAUGGUCUGGACGCGUCGGAUCGGGUUUGGUUAUUGCUAAACUCGAUGAUGGAACUUGGUCUGCUCCAUCUUGUAUCAGUAUUGGUGGAUUGGGUUUUGGCGCGCAAUUUGGCGCUGACGUCACUGACUUUGUAAUCGUUCUUAAUACCAAAGAAGCUGUAAAGGCAUUCUCUCGUGGUGAAAAUGUUACCUUGGGCGGAAGUUUAUCUGUAACCGCUGGUCCUGUUGGUUUCGGAGGCGAAGUCUCUGGUUCCGUUUAUGAAGGUGCUGCCCUCUUUUCUUACAGCAAAUCCAAGGGUCUCUUUGCUGGUGUAUCACUUGAAGGUACCAUCAUCUUUGAACGCAAGGAUACAAACAAAACAUUCUAUGAAAAAGAUAUUUCAGCUGAGGAAAUUUUAUGCGGAAAGCCUCCACCAAGUGCUUUUGCUUGUACUCGCAUAUUAUAUGAAUCUAUUAGGAAAGCUGAAGAAAGACAACCAAAACAUUAA